AUGUUUAGUUCUCCAAAGUUAAUUUUAUGUUCAACCAUCGCCUGUGCUGGUUUUAACAUAUUCCCCUCUAGUCCAGAUUGCAAUCAACAUUGGACUACCGUCUUAUUGCAAGAAAUUCUCAAUCAAAUUUUAAUGAUUUUCGUGAUCUAUGUAUUGGUGUUUUCAUUCUUGGUAUAUGCCUAUAUAUCCUAUAACCCUCUGAGGGCAAAUUGGCUUGAAUUUAUUCGUGAAAAAUCCGAUGUCAGUAUUGAAAUAAUAUUAUUGAUUGUUGUUUCCAAUCUUGGGGGAAUACGUAUUAGUACUAGCAUUCGUAGAAAGAGUCUUGACAGGUUGCUUACCGAUCGUUGCUGCCAUUUAUUACCACUAGAAAUUAGUGUGUACGACGAAGAUGACGAUAAUUUCGAAUGGGAUGAAAAACUUUAUCAGUCUCAAUUUAAAAGCAUAUAUUUUCGGCGCGUACGAAGAAAACCCAACAGAAAUUCACUUACAUCUCAGAGUGGAUUUCGCGUGAAAAAUAUCGCAGGCAUUGAUCAACGGUUUAUUUGUCAACUUUGUCGACUCGUUCUUCGAGAACCUUAUCAACUUCGUUGUGGACAUCACCGAUGCCAAUUGUGCAUAGAUGAAAAACAGUGUAUUACACAUUGGUCAACAUGCACUGGAACUUGUGCGAUCAAAAGCGUUCGGUUUGAUGCAGAUUUUCAAACCGAAUUGGAAUGUUUGCUAAUAUCUUGCUACGUUUGCAAUUGGACUGGACCAUUAAAAAAAUAUCAAGAGCACCUCGAUGACAAUCAUGGCAAUAGAUUUCUCAUUUGUUCAUUAUGUAAUAAACAAAUUCUUAGAAGGAAAAUUACGGAACACUACAUGACUCAAGCACACCAAUUGAUGUUAAUAAAUAUUAUUCUACAUCUACAAUCGAUAAAAAACAAGACUCAUCUUCAACAACAACAAAUUCUAGCCAACGCUGAAUCCGUACUCGAUACUAGAGUAAAACAGAUACGAAAUCAAUUUCACUCUCAGUGCAGUUCUCUUCAACUUCAAAAACAUGAAUUGUUGCUCAUUAAAACUCUAGCUCAAGAGAUGGAGUAUUGCCUGCAACGAAAAAGAGCUAUUCAAGAUGUUUGUACGAGAGAAGUUCUACAAAUAGAACGAAAUUGCGAACAGAAACACUUGGUAUCUUUCAACGGUAUAUUAAUAUGGAACAUAAAUAAUUUUCAAGAAAAAUUCGAUGAUGCCAAAUCUGAACGGCAACGAUCGAUUUAUUCUCCGGAAUUUUAUUCAGCAUAUUUUGGUUACAAAAUGUGUGCAAGACUAUUUUUAAAUGGAACCAAUGAUGUUCGAAACACACACAUGUCCAUAUUUUUCAUCUUAAUGUCGGGCGAAUAUGAUGCUAUUCUUCAUUGGCCAUUUCAUUUCAAAGUAAUAUUUUCUCUACUCAAUCAAUCGACUGCCGUCGGCAGUAAUCUAUUAAGCGAUUUGAGUAAGUCCAUCUGGCCUAAUACAAGAUCGGCAUGUUUUCAACGGCCACGAUUAGCAAUGAACGAAGCGUAUGGUAUCAAAAGGUUUAUUGCACUUGAUGAAUUUCAAAUGAAUCGAACUCAUUUUGUACAAAAUGAUACAAUUUUUAUUAAAAUAGAACUCGAUUUUAUGAGUACUCCACCGGAAAAUCGAUCAGACGCCGGUGAAAUGUUAAUGAUUGAUGAGCAACAUAUGGACACUGUUCAAGAAGAUUUAAUGCGAAAAAUUGUUUUUUUCAAUGGAUAA